ACAGAAUGUAAAUAAAACAACCUACCUUGUGUUUAAAUUAUUAGUUAAUCAAUAAAAAUGUUUUCCAAUUUAUUAAAAUCUCUAAAUAAAUCGUAUACUAGAGCUAUUCUGCCCUCCGGCACUAGAUAUCUAUCAAUCCAAAAGGAUUUGAAGACAAACAAAAACUCUGAAGAGGAGGCCGCUCUUAAAAUAGAGGCCAGUCUUUUUGAUAAUUCCUCCGUUAAAUAUGAACCCACCAAAAAGGAAGACUUGCUAAAGAAACCCAAACAAAAAGCCCACAAAAAAUUCAACAACAGCAAUAUUAUAACCAGACCACAACAGUUUCCAAGUUUUAAAAAAUCACGCUUAGAACGAGAAGCCGAAUCGAAAGUUAUCAAUGAUGAAGAAUUGGGUUUGGAAUUUUUAAAAUUAAGUCACAAUGACCCAAGGCUUAGUACUUUACUGAUAACAGUGCGCUCCAAGAAAAGGCGUGACAAGGAUAGACAAAUUGUUAUAGAGGGCAGAAGGUUAAUAUUGGAAGCUUUGUAUUGUGGUCUCAAACUAAACAGUGUUAUAUUCAGCCAAAAGGAUCAAUUGGCGGAUAUAAAGGAGAAGGUGGCUGCAGCACAAAAGCAAUUUAGUACUAAAAUCUAUAAAGUGCCACAUCAUGAUUUAAAGACAUGGUCCACUCUUACAACACCGCCCGGCAUAAUGGCCAUUUUCGAAAGGCCUGCUUUGAAUAGUGUGGUGGCCAAAAUGUCGGAUCCUCUGCCCAUUACGGUGGUAUGUGAUAAUAUAAGGGAACCCAAUAACUUGGGCAGUAUUAUACGCACCUGUGCUGCAUUACCUUGUAUGCAAGUAGUAUUAACACGCGGCUGCUGUGAUCCCUGGGAAUCAAAGGCUUUACGCGGUGGCUGUGGUGGCCAUUUUCGUUUGCCCAUACGAGAUGAUGUUGAUUGGCAGGAGCUUCCCCUAAUGAUACCACCCGAAGUGGCACAUAAUUGUUGUAUUUUUGUGGCAGAAAAUAAUUUAGAAAAACUGCAAUAUAAAUCGUCAUCGAUUGUGGAGUAUUCGGAAGUAGAAAAAACGGGUUCACAUAAUGUGGUCAUUAUAGGUGGAGAGAGUCAUGGUGUUAGUGAAGAUGCCUAUAGAUUUAUGGAAACUGUAGGCGAUAGAGGUAAAUGCCUUAAUAUACCUUUAGCUCAAGGUAUUGACAGCUUAAACGUUGCCUCAGCUUUAACUUUAAUUUUGUACGAAUUACGAAAAAAUAUUGUUCAAACCCCCCAGCUGGUUAAAAAGGAACCUGAACCUGAAACAUCUGUCUAAUAUUGUUAAGUUUUUAAAAUAAAAAAAUAUAUAUAAACAAACCUUAUUUAAAAUUCGUUUUUUUAGUUUAAUUCUUUAUUUAUGAAUUUUUCCAUGCAAUCAAAUAAAAAUUAAACAAAAUCAAUAU